AAACCAACCAACAGGAAUGUGUCAACCGUCAAACCAUGGCUACUGAGGCAGACCCGAAGAAGCUCAGUUGGGCUGAUCAGAUGGAAAAUGAAGACAACGCGGAUGACCUUACCUUAUUCCCUCUCCCUCCACGCCAAGUCAUUGGCCCGGACGAGAAUGGAAUAAAGAAAGUCAUAGAGUACAAGUUCAAUGAAGCUGGUAACAUGGUUAAAGUCACAUCCACCUUUCAUGUUCGCAAGGUUGGUACCAAGAUGCGUAAGGGAGCAAUUGAAAGAAGGUCAUGGGCUAAGUUUGGUGAUGCAGUGGAUGAAGAAGUUGGUAGCAGGAUUACUAUGGUCUCUACUGAGGAGAUUUUCCUUGAAAGGUCUAUGGUUAAAGGAAGAGAAGUAGAUGAAACUAAAGCAAGGGAAGCUUUGGGCCGACUGGGAAAGAGAGCAGGUUUUCUUAUGUCGUGUAGGACUUGUGGCAAAAAAUAUGACCACUUUACUUGCAGGUGCCCUUAUAAGGAUCUUGCACCACAAAGUGAACCAUUGAAACAUGAAAGGCCUUCUUCAGAAGAUGGGGCUGCAGCUUUUUCUGAAACCAGCAAAAACAGCUAUGUUCCUCCAAGUACGAGAGAAGGUGCCAAAAAGAUUAUUGGCACAGAUAUGAGGCGCAGGAAUGAAGAGAAUUCAAUCAGGGUCACCAACCUCUCACUGGAUGCUCAAGAGAGUGAUUUACAUGAGCUUUUCCGCCCAUUUGGACCGAUAGCUCGUGUCUUUGUUGCGCCUGAUUACCGGACUCGUUUGAACCGAGGUUUUGCUUUUGUCAGUUUCGUUAAGAAGGAAGAUGCAGAGAGAGCCAUUAACAGUCUAAAUGGAUAUGGAUAUGACAAUCUGAUCCUCAAAGUUGAAUGGUCCUUACCAAGAUCAAAAUAG